AUGCGCUCUAGCCCGCGGCCCCCGCCGCCAGCGCCCGCUCUGGCCCUGGUUUUGACCUUAGCUGUGUUGGUGAACCCCACAUCCGCAGUGGAGCCACCACAACACCUUCGAGGCUCCGUGCACUCCGUUCGUCUGUUGUUGCCCCGAGACCACAAUGACAGCGGAGAGCAAGUGUAUGUUGGAUUGGUUGACCUCUCUCCUGCCACCUCCCACCUCCCACCUGCCCUCUCCUCCUUAAGUCUCUAUCGGACUCCACUGAUGACAGACGUGACCACUUCAUCCUUAUGGGACAUUCCUGAGCAUCCAAGUGGGCAAGAGCUUCGUGGUACCCCCACGUGCAGGCCCAAAGGCACCAUUACUGUGCUGUCUAUCACCCUGGACCACAAGCUGGGCAUCGGAGAACCAUCUCCCACUCACCCACCUCUGAAGCAUCAGCUUCUUCCAGGCAAGAGUCAGAGCCAUGACCACAGCUUCCUCUUGCACACAGCUUCCUUCUUCGGUGAGAACCACCUAGAGGUACCUGUGGCCAUGGCCUUGACCGACAUCCACCUACAGCUGCAGUUCUCCACACCCCAGCCCGAAGCCCUCCUACUCCUGGCAGCAGGUCCAGCUGACCACCUCCUGCUGCAGCUCCAUGACGGACACCUGCAGGUCAGACUUGUCCUGGGCCAUGAGGAGCUCAGGCUGCAGACCCCAGCAGAGAUGCUGCUAAGUGACUCCAUCCCUCACACCGUGGUGCUAACUGUGGUGGACAAAUUGGCCACGUUGUCAGUCGAUGGGCAGCUGAACAUCUCAGCCCUAGCCCCGGGAACCUCCCUGGAAGUCCCCUAUGGGCUCUUCCUGGGAGGCACUGGGAGUCUUAGCCUGCCCUACCUAAAGGGAACCAGCCGCCCUCUCAGGGGUUGUUUCCAUACAGCCACCCUCAAUGGUCGAAGCCUCCUCCGGCCAUUGACCCCAGACGUACAUGAGGGCUGUGCUGAAGAGUUUUCCGUUGGUGAUGAUGUGGCCCUGGGCUUCUUGGGGCCCCACUCUCUGGCUACCUUCCCUGCCUGGGGCACACGGGACGAAGGCACCCUGGAGUUUACACUCACCACACAAAGCCAGCAGGCACCCCUGGCCUUCCAGGCAGGUGGCCGGCGUGGGGACUUCAUCUACGUCGACAUAUUUAAGGGCCACCUGCGGGCCAUGGUGGAGAAGGGCCAAGGUACCGUAUUGCUCCACAACAGUGUGCCUGUGGCCGAUGGGCAGCCCCAUGAGGUCAGUAUCCAUAUAGAUGUUCACCAGCUGGAAAUCUCCGUUGACCAGUACCCCACACGGACUUCCAAUCGAGGGAUUCUCAGCUACCUAGAGCCACAUGGCAGUCUCCUCCUCGGGGGCCUGGAUGUGGAGGCCUCUCGCCUCCUCCAGGAACACCGCCUGGGUCUGGCCCCUAGCACUGUCAAUGCCUCCCUGCUGGGCUGCAUGGAGGAUCUUAGCGUCAAUGGCCAGAGGUGGGGGCUCCGGGACGCCUUGCUGACUCGCAACAUGGCAGCCGGCUGUAGGAUGGAGGAGGAGGAAUAUGAGGAAGAUACCUAUGGCCCAUAUGAAGCCUUUUCCACCCUGGCACCUGAGUCUUGGCCCACCAUUCUGCUGCCUGAGCCCUGCAUGCCUGAGCCUGGGCUGCCUGCUAUCUUUGCCAAUUUCACCCAACUGCUGACCAUCAGCCCGCUGGUGGUGGCCGAGGGUGGCACAGCCUGGCUUGAGUGGCGGCAUGUACAGCCCAGCCUGGACCUGAGCGAGGCAGAGCUGCGCAAAUCCCAGGUGCUGUUCAGCGUAAGCCGAGGGGCGCGCCACGGCGAGCUAGAACUGGACAUACCGGGCGCCCAGGCACGAAAAAUGUUCACCCUACUAGAUGUGGUGAACCGCAAGGCCCGCUUCAUCCACGAUGGCUCUGAGGACACCUCUGACCAGCUGGUGCUAGAGGUGUCUGUGACGACUCGGGCAAUGGUGCCCUCCUGCCUGCGGAGGGGCCAGACCUACAUCCUGCCCAUUCAGGUCAACCCAGUCAACGACCCACCCCGCAUUGUUUUCCCACACGGCAGCCUCAUGAUGAUCUUGGAGAACACACAGAAGCCGCUGGGGCCUGAGGUUUUCCAGGCUUAUGACCCAGACUCAGCCUGUGAGGGUCUCACCUUCCAGCUUCUCGGUAACCCCACAGGCCUCCCUGUGGAGCGCAGAGACCAGCCUGGACAGCCAGCAGCCGAAUUCUCCUGCCUGGAACUGGAGACGGGCAACCUCGUCUACAUCCACCGCGGCGGCCCUGCACAGGACCUGACGUUCCGGGUCAGUGACGGGCUGCAAGCCAGCCCCCCAGCCACCCUGAAGGUCGUGGCUGUCCGGCCAGCCAUCCAGAUCCGCCACAACACAGGACUCCACCUGGCACAGGGCUCUGCUGCACCCAUCUUGCCUGCCAACCUGUCGGUGGAGACCAAUGCGGUAGGGCAGGCUGUCAGUGUACUAUUCCGGGUCACUGGAGCCCUGCAGUUUGGCGAGCUGCAGAAGCAGGGGGCAGGAGGUGCAGAGGGGACAGAGUGGCGGGCCGUGCAGGCCUUCCACCAGCGGGACAUAGAGCAGGGCCGCGUGAGGUACCUGAGCACUGACCCGAAGCACCGCACUGAGGACGCCAUGGAGAACCUGGGCCUAGAGGUGCAGGUGGGCCAGGAGACCCUGAGUAACUUCUCCUUUGCAGUGACCAUCCAGAGAGCCACAGUGUGGCUGUUGCGGCUUGAACCUCUGGAUGCUCUGAACACCCGGCAGGAGACCCUCACCACCGCCCACCUGGAGGCCACCCUGGAAGGGGCAGGCCCAAGCCCCACCUCCUUCCACUACGAGGUGGUUCAGGCCCCCAGGAAGGGGAAUCUUCGGCUAAAAGGCACGAGGCUGUCAGACGGGCAAGGCUUCACCCAGGAUGACCUGCAGGCAGGGUGGGUGACCUAUGGGGCCACAACACGCGCCUCGGAGGCAGUUGAGGACACCUUCCGCUUCCGAGUCACAGCUCCACCACACUUUUCUCCCCUCUACACCUUCUCCAUCCACAUCGGCGGUGACCCCAAUGCUCCUGUCCUCACCAACGUCCUCCUCUCUGUGCCCGAAGGUGGCGAGGGCAUCAUCUCUGCUGACCACCUCUUUGUCAAGAGCCUCAACAGUGCCAGCUACCUCUAUGAAGUCAUGGAGCGACCUCGCCAUGGGCAGUUGGCAUGGCGGGACACACAAGACAAGGGCACCGUGGUGAUGUCUUUCACCAAUGAAGACCUGCUCCGUGGCCGACUAGUCUACCGGCAUGACAACUCUGAGACCACUGAAGAUGACAUCCCAUUUGUGGCUACCCGACAGGGCGAGGGCAGUGGUGGCACGGCCUCGGAGGAGGUCCGAGGUGUCUUCCGUGUGGCCAUCCAGCCCGUGAAUGAUCACGCCCCUGUGCAGACCAUCAGUCACGUCUUCCAUGUGGCCCGGGGUGGGCAGCGGCUGUUGACUACAGAUGAUGUGGCCUUCAGUGACUCGGACUCAGGCUUUGCUGACGACCAGCUUGUGCUGACCCGGAAGGACCUCCUCUUCGGCAGUAUUGUGGCUGUAGAUGAGCCCACACGACCCAUCUACCGCUUCACCCAGGAGGACCUCAGGAAGAGGCGAGUCCUGUUCGUGCAUUCGGGGGCCGACCGUGGCUGGAUCCAGCUGCAGGUGUCCGACGGGCAGCACCAAGCCACCGCUCUGCUCGAGGUGCAGGCUUCCGAGCCCUACCUCCGCGUAGCCAAUGGCUCUAACCUAGUGGUCCCUCAGGGGGGCCAGGGCACCAUCGACACAGCUGUGCUCCACCUGGAUACCAACCUAGACAUCCGCAGCGAGGAUGAGAUCCGCUACCACGUCACAUCUGGCCCACGCUGGGGACAACUGCUCCGAGCCGGCCAGCCAGUCACGGUCUUCUCCCAGCAGGACCUGCUGAGCGGGGUCAUCCUCUAUAGUCACAAUGGCAGCCUCAGUGCCCGUGACACCCUAGCCUUCUCUGUGGAGGCAGGAUCUGUGCAAACAGAUGCCACCCUACAAGUGACCAUUGCCCUAGAGGGGCCAGUGCCCCCACUGCACUUGGUCCAACACAAGAAGAUCUAUGUGUUCCAGGGAGAAGCAGCAGAGAUCAGAAGGGAACAGCUGGAGGCAGCCCAGGAGGCAGUGGCUCCCGCAGACAUUGUGUUCUCAGUGAAGACCCCACCCCAAGCUGGCUACCUGGUGAUGGUGUCCCACGGCGCCUCCGCAGACCUGCCACCCAGUCUGGACCCUGUGCAGAGCUUCUCACAGGAGGCAGUGGAUGCCGGCCAGGUCCUGUACCUACACUCCCGUCCCGAGGCCUGGAGGGAUGUCUUCUCCCUGGACGUGGCCUCGAGCCUGGGUGCUACCCUGGAGGACAUCCACAUGGAACUGGAGGUGCUGCCUGCUACGAUCCCUCUGGAAACACAGAACUUCAGUGUCCCUGAGGGUGGCUCCCGCACCCUGGCCCCUCCACUGCUCCACAUCACUGGGCCCUACUUCCCCAUGCUGCUGGGCCUCAAGCUGCAGGUGCUAGAAGCGCCCCAGCACGGGACCCUGCAGAGGGAGGAAGAACCUCAAGAUCAGACCCUCUGGGCCUUCUCCUGGAGAGAGGUGCAACAGCAACUGAUCCGCUAUGUGCACGAUGGGAGCGAAACACUGACAGACUCCUUUGUCCUGGUGGCCAAUGCUUCAGAGAUAGACCGCCAGAGCCGUCCCGCAGUCUUUACUAUCACUGUUGUGCCUGUCAAUGACCAACCCCCUGUCCUCACCACAAACACAGGCCUACAGAUAUGGGAAGGGGCCACUGCACCCAUCCCUCCGGAGGCCCUUAGGGGCACAGACAGAGACUCGAAGCCCGAGGACCUGGUCUACACCAUCGAACAACCCAUCAAUGGAAGACUCAUGCUGCGGGCAGCAGACACUGAGGUUCACAGUUUCACACAGGCCCAGGUGGACAACGGGCUGGUGCUGUUUACACACAGAGGAGCCCUGGAUGGAGGCUUCCACUUCAGCCUCUCGGACGGAGAGCACACUUCUCCUGGACACUUCUUCCGCGUGGUGGCCCGGAAGCAACCGCGUCUCACCCUGGAAGGCAGCCGGACACUGACCAUCUGUCCAGGGUCCAUCCAGCCCCUCAGCAGCCACAAUCUGAAAGCCAGCUCCAGUGAAGGUACAGAUCCCCACCACCUGCGCUACCAUGUGGUCGGGGGCCCUCAACUGGGCCGGCUGUUCCAUGCCCAACAAGGCAGUACUGGGGACGCCCUGGUGAACUUCACUCAGGCUGAGGUGUCUGCUGGGCAUGUUCUGUAUGAGCACGAGAUGCCCCCUGAACCCUUUUGGGAGGCCCACGAUACCCUGGAACUCCUGCUAUCCUCGCCCCCUGCCCCCGACAUGGUGGCCACCUUCACUGUGACUGUGUCCUUCGAGGCUGCCUGUCCCCAGCGCUCCAGCCGCCUCUGGAGGAACAAAGGUCUCUGGGUCCCCGAAGGCCAACGGGCCGAGAUCACCGUCACUGCCCUCGAUGCCUCCAACCUCCUGGCCAGCAUUCCGUCCCCCCAGCGCCCCAAGCAUGAUGUGCUCUUCCAGGUCACGCAGUUCCCCACCCGGGGUCAGCUGUUGGUAUCCGGGGAGCCCCUUCACGCCGGGCGACCACACUUCCUGCAAUCGGAGCUGGCCACAGGGCAGCUGGAGUAUGCUCAUGGAGGAGGGGGCUCCCAGCAGGACAGCUUCCACUUCCAUGCCCACCUCCAGGGACCGGCAGGGGCCUCUGUGGCAGGGCCCCAAACCUCAGAGGCCUUUAUCAUCACAGUACGGGAUGUGAAUGAGCGGCCACCUCAGCCCCAGGCCUCGGUCCCACUCCGGCUCACCCGGGGCUCCCGGGCCCCCAUCUCCCGGGCCCAGUUGAGUGUGGUGGACCCAGACUCAGCUCCUGGGGAGAUCGAGUACCAGGUGCAGCGGGCACCCCACAAUGGCUUCCUGAACUUGGCAGGGGGCAGCCCAGGGCCAGUGACCCACUUCACCCAGGCUGAUGUGGAUGCAGGACGACUGACCUUCAUGGCCAACGGAAGCAGUGUGGCUGGCAUCUUCCAGCUGAGUGUAUCUGAUGGGGCCAGCCCACCCCUGUCCAUGUCCCUGGCUGUGGAUGUUUUGCCAUCUGCCAUUGAAGUGCAGCUACGGGCUCCCCUCGAGGUGCCCCAAGCCUUAGGCCGUGCCUCGCUGAGCCGACAACAGCUCCAAGUGGUUUCAGAUCGGGAGGAACCGGAUGCAGCAUACCGCCUCAUCCAGGGUCCUCAGUAUGGGCAUCUCUUGGUGGGCGGGCAGCCCGCCUCAGCUUUCAGCCAGCUCCAGAUAGACCAGGGACAGGUGGUCUUUGCUUUCACCAACUUCUCCUCUGCCCACGAUUACUUCAGCGUCCUGGCACAAGCACGGGGUGCCAAUGCAUCAGCCGUAGUGAACAUCACUGUGAGGGCUCUGCUGCAUGUCUGGGCAGGUGGGCCAUGGCCCCAGGGUGCCACCCUGCGCCUGGACCCUGCUGUCCUAGAUGCAGCUGAGCUGGCCAACCUCACACGCAGUGUGCCUCGCUUUCGCCUCCUGGCCGGCCCCCAACACGGCCGUGUGGUUCGUGUACCCCGGGCCAGCAUGGAGCCCAGGGAUGGUCAACUUGUGGAACAGUUCACCCAGAAGGACCUUGAGGAUGGGAGACUGGGGCUAGAGGUGGGCAGGCCCCCUGACCCCGCAGGCACGGGCGACAGCCUCACGCUGGAGCUGUGGGCACAGGGGGUCCCACCUGCUGUGGCCUCAUUGGACUUUGCCACUGAGCCUUACAAUGCAGCCCGGCCCUACAGCGUGGCCCUGCUCAGUCUCCCUGAGGCUGCUCAGACAGAAGCAGCAGAGAAACCAGAAAACAGCUCCCCGACCAGCUACCUGGGCCCUGCAGCAUCCAGCCCCGUGCCCACUGAGGCCAGGGGAGGCUUCCUGAGCUUCCUCGAGGCCAACAUGUUCAGCGUCAUCAUCCCUGUGUGCCUGGUCCUCCUGCUCCUGGCGCUCAUCUUGCCCCUGCUCUUCUACCUCCGCAAACGCAACAAGACGGGCAAACACAACGUCCAGAUCCUGACUGCCAAGCCCCGCAACGGCUUGGCCGGUGACAGUGAGACCUUCCGAAAGGUAGAGCCAGGCCAGGCCAUCCCACUAACGGCAGUGCCUGGCCAGGGGCCCCCACCGGGCAGCCAGCCUGACCCAGAGCUGCUGCAAUUCUGCCGGACACCCAACCCUGCCCUCAAAAAUGGCCAGUACUGGGUGUGAGGCCUGGCCUGGGCCCCCGCUGCUGACUGGGCCAGGGACA